AUGACGGACGUCCUCGUCCGAGGCAUAGGAGAUGUCUCGAAGAUCGCAGCUCUGGUACCACGGACUACUCGAGUAACGCAAAGGCUUCCAGCACGUUCCAAUCGAAGCUUCAAAUAUCACCUUCCAAGACGGAUAUCGACUAUAUGUCGUUCCAAUGAUGCUUCUAUUGAGAUAAGAGAGCCUGGAGGACGGUUUUCGCUUCAACAAUCAUACCGAGACAAAUUUAGGUAUGGAAACCUUGAAGGGCCGUGGUUGGUACCGAUAGUAUCCAGACUCAGUCGCUUCGCGUUACGCAAUGGGUCCUUAUUCAAUCUAGGCUCCUUGGGCCCUCGGUCAAACCGAAACGAUGGCACACUCACCCGGAUCGGGGUGCUACCCCAGGUGCAGUCUAGAGGCUUCCAUAAUACACCCAGACGGACAGAGAAUCAAGAGCCGAAAAGAGAAGAAAUUGAGAAACAAGAUGACAAAGAGAGUGCAACCAAAUCGCAGACCUCGCAGCAAAUACCACCUAGAUCUGGCGCAGGACAAAAUCGGUCUCAUCAUGAACAUUUCUAUGACAGGCUUCAAAUGCCACAAUUUCAUCGUCCGACCAAGGAAGAACUUUUGGCAGCUGCAACAGGAUUCUGGUCUCGACUCAAGGUCCACUUUAAGUGGCUAACUAUUAAAAGCACCCGACCCUUCAAUAUGGAUGAAAUCGUCGGUUUUAUCUCGUGGAUUGCGCUUGGCCAUGUCAUUUGGAUUGUUAUUGGAACUACGACUUUUGUGUCUCUUGCAAUAUUGGCCAUCAACACUGUGUUUGCACAAGAAACUCUGGCCGGUUGGAUCGGGAAUUAUUUAACAAAAUCAUCUGGUCUGCAGGUUGUGUUUGAGUCUGCCAUUGUACCCAAAUGGGGUGAUGGCGUCAUCACGUUCAAGAAUGUAUUCGUCUCAAGACGCCCAGGCCAGAACAAAUCUCGUGUCACCAAGGGAUCACCAGAAGCAGCCGCGCAGGCUUCUUCGGCGGAAGAUCCUGUUCCUCCAGAGGAGCAGAAUUAUACGCAAUUUGACAUCACCAUUGGGGAGAUCAACGUCACUUUAUCGUUCAGCAAAUGGUGGAAUUCGAAAGGCCCCCUGCAGAACGUGGAGGUUAAGCACGUCAGAGGCGUCGUGGAUCGGACUCAUGUUUUCUGGACAGGAGAAGAAGUUGAUCCCAAAUCAUAUCGACACGAGCACAACCCUGGAGACUUCGAAAUCGAAUCCUUUAAAAUUGAAGACCUCCUCGUCACGGUUCUUCAACCCGCAGGAUUCAGACCGUUUCCCGUUAGCAUAUAUAGUGCAGAUUUGCCCCGACUACGGAAGCAAUGGCUAUUCUACGACCUCCUCUGUGCUAAUAGCAUGACCGGCGAGUACGACAGGUCUCUUUUUACGAUCCACCCCCGCCAAACACACUCAUACACAGGUGCCCAACUCAACGAUCCUAACGAUCCCUCCGAUGAUCCGUGGAAGAAGCAGUCCCGAAUUCGCAUCGAUAGCUUGAAUAUCGAUCAUUUGAAUCGGGGAGCGGUGGGACCAUUGUCCUGGAUUCAUGAAGGCAAUGUUGACAUCGUUGCUGAUAUCAUGAUUCCAAGUGACAGCGACGAGUCCGUCAUGAAAGUCAUGACUGAUUUCUAUGAACGAAUGGAGGCCACCCUCACAUCAAAGAAGCACCUCGAACAGGUCCGGGGAGAUUCGUCCGAUCCUGAAUCAAACGACGUCGUUGCUUCGCCAGAGUCCCCACUCGCAAAAGAUGAAGACAAAAAAUACCUAGUCAUGGAUCUCCGGAUCCACCUCAACGAUGUCCGCGCCGUUGUCCCCAUCUUCACUCGCGACCUAUCAUACAUCAACAACGCGCUCAUUCGGCCGAUCGUCGCCUACAUUAAUUCACGCCGCACAUUCAUCCCGAUCAACUGCCGUGUGGUUAAACGCUUGUCGGAUUUUGAUGGAAGCUGGACCGUCUUCGAUUCCGGCCUCAUGGACGAUUUGUCUGCGGAAGUAUACGAUGCAUUUGCGAGAGAUGUCACAGACGAACAAGCGAGAUCGAGACGCUUCAAAAAAGUCGGAUUGUGGAGUUUACAAAUUGCCGUGCAGGCCAUCUUCUUGGUAAGUGGAUCACUUGCUCUUUGUAACGUCCAUUUAUCUGUUCGUCUGUAG